GGAGGAUGGGGAGAAAUAUCACUAAGAGAUUUACAGCAAUACAGUUUUCAUUGGCCAUACACGUAUAUGAUCGACACCACCGCACACUUCCAACUAAUCUGUUCGACAGCCUUGUGUCAUUUUCAUUUAAUUGCAUCUUUGAAACAACAAACGCGGUGACUUCAUAGGGAGCUGCCUGGAGCUGAGCUCCCUCGCAGAAAAUGGGGCAAUCGGGUUUGUUUUCAAGGCAGGACCUGAACAAAAUGUAGGACACCUGAUCUGUGGGAUGAAGGGCGCUGGUAAUAUGCACGUGUCACUAGCUGAGGCCCUGGAGGUUCGGGGUGGACCACUUCAGGAGGAAGAAAUAUGGGCUGUAUUAAAUCAAAGUGCUGAAAGUCUCCAAGAAUUAUUCAGAAAAGUAAGCCUAACUGAUCCUGCUGCCCUUGGCUUCAUCAUUUCUCCAUGGUCUCUGCUGUUGCUGCCAUCUGGUAGUGUGUCAUUUACAGAUGAAAAUAUUUCCAAUCAGGAUCUUCGAGCAUUCACUGCACCAGAGGUUCUUCAAAAUCAGUCACUAACUUCUCUCUCAGAUGUUGAAAAGAUCCACAUUUAUUCUCUUGGAAUGACACUGUAUUGGGGGGCUGAUUAUGAAGUGCCUCAGAGCCAACCUAUUAAGCUUGGAGAUCAUCUCAACAGCAUACUGCUUGGAAUGUGUGAGGAUGUUAUUUACGCUCGAGUUUCUGUUCGGACUGUGCUGGAUGCUUGCAGUGCCCACAUUAGGAAUAGCAAUUGUGCACCCUCAUUUUCCUACGUGAAACACUUGGUAAAACUGGUUCUGGGAAAUCUUUCUGGGACAGAUCAGCUUUCCUGUAACAGUGAACAAAAGCCUGAUCGAAGCCAGGCUAUUCGAGAUCGAUUGCGAGGAAAAGGAUUACCAACAGGAAGAAGCUCUACUUCUGAUGUACUAGACAUACAAAAGCCUCCACUCUCUCAUCAGACCUUUCUUAACAAAGGGCUUAGUAAAUCUAUGGGAUUUCUGUCCAUCAAAGAUACACAAGAUGAGGAUUAUUUCAAGGACAUUUUAUCAGAUAAUUCUGGACAUGAAGAUUCUGAAAAUACAUGCUCCCCUUACCAGUUCAAAACUAGUGGCCCAGAAAAAAAACCCAUCCCUGGCAUUGAUGUGCUUUCUAAGAAGAAGAUCUGGGCUUCAUCCAUGGACUUGCUUUGUACAGCUGACAGAGACUUCUCUUCAGGAGAGACUGCCACAUAUCGUCGUUGUCACCCUGAGGCAGUAACAGUGCGGACUUCAACUACUCCUAGAAAAAAGGAGGCAAGAUACUCAGAUGGAAGUAUAGCCUUGGAUAUCUUUGGCCCUCAGAAAAUGGAUCCAAUAUAUCACACUCGAGAAUUGCCCACCUCCUCAGCAAUAUCAAGUGCUUUGGACCGAAUCCGAGAGAGACAAAAGAAACUUCAGGUUCUGAGGGAAGCCAUGAAUGUAGAAGAACCAGUUCGAAGAUACAAAACUUACCAUGGUGAUGCCUUUAGUACCUCCAGUGAAAGUCCAUCUAUUAUUUCCUCUGAAUCAGAUUUCAGACAAGUGAGAAGAAGUGAAGCCUCAAAGAGGUUUGAAUCCAGCAGUGGUCUCCCAGGGGUAGAUGAAACCUUAAGUCAAGGCCAGUCACAGAGACCGAGCAGACAAUAUGAAACACCCUUUGAAGGCAACUUAAUUAAUCAAGAGAUCAUGCUAAAACGGCAAGAAGAAGAACUGAUGCAGCUACAAGCCAAAAUGGCCCUUAGACAGUCUCGGUUGAGCCUAUAUCCAGGAGACACAAUCAAAGCGUCCAUGCUUGACAUCACCAGGGAUCCAUUAAGAGAAAUUGCCCUAGAAACAGCCAUGACUCAAAGAAAACUGAGGAAUUUCUUUGGCCCUGAGUUUGUGAAAAUGACAAUUGAACCAUUUAUAUCUUUGGAUUUGCCACGGUCUAUUCUUACUAAGAAAGGGAAGAAUGAGGAUAACCGAAGGAAAGUAAACAUAAUGCUUCUGAACGGGCAGAGACUGGAACUGACCUGUGAUACCAAAACUAUAUGUAAAGAUGUGUUUGAUAUGGUUGUGGCACAUAUUGGCUUAGUAGAGCAUCAUUUGUUUGCUUUAGCUACCCUCAAAGAUAAUGAAUAUUUCUUUGUUGAUCCUGACUUAAAAUUAACCAAAGUGGCCCCAGAGGGAUGGAAAGAGGAACCAAAGAAAAAGACCAAAGCCACUGUUAAUUUUACUUUGUUUUUCAGAAUUAAAUUUUUUAUGGAUGAUGUUAGUCUAAUACAACAUACUCUGACGUGUCAUCAGUAUUACCUUCAGCUUCGAAAAGAUAUUUUGGAGGAAAGGAUGCACUGUGAUGAUGAGACUUCCUUAUUGCUGGCAUCCUUGGCUCUCCAGGCUGAGUAUGGAGAUUAUCAACCAGAGGUUCAUGGUGUGUCUUACUUUAGAAUGGAGCACUAUUUGCCUGCCAGAGUGAUGGAGAAACUUGAUUUAUCCUAUAUCAAAGAAGAGUUACCCAAAUUGCAUAAUACCUAUGUGGGAGCUUCUGAAAAAGAGACAGAGUUAGAAUUUUUAAAGGUCUGCCAAAGACUGACAGAAUAUGGAGUUCAUUUUCACCGAGUGCACCCUGAGAAGAAGUCACAAACAGGAAUAUUGCUUGGAGUCUGUUCUAAAGGUGUCCUUGUGUUUGAAGUUCACAAUGGAGUGCGCACAUUGGUCCUUCGCUUUCCAUGGAGGGAAACCAAGAAAAUAUCUUUUUCUAAAAAGAAAAUCACAUUGCAAAAUACAUCAGAUGGAAUAAAACAUGCCUUCCAGACAGACAACAGUAAGAUAUGCCAGUACCUGCUGCACCUCUGCUCUUACCAGCAUAAGUUCCAGCUACAGAUGAGAGCAAGACAGAGCAACCAAGAUGCCCAAGAUAUUGAGAGAGCUUCGUUUAGGAGCCUGAAUCUCCAAGCAGAGUCUGUUAGAGGAUUUAAUAUGGGACGAGCAAUCAGCACUGGCAGUCUGGCCAGCAGCACCCUCAACAAACUUGCUGUUCGACCUUUAUCAGUUCAAGCUGAGAUUCUGAAGAGGCUAUCCUGCUCAGAGCUGUCGCUUUACCAGCCAUUGCAAAACAGUUCAAAAGAGAAGAAUGACAAAGCUUCAUGGGAGGAAAAGCCUAGAGAGAUGAGUAAAUCAUACCAUGAUCUCAGUCAGGCCUCUCUCUAUCCACAUCGGAAAAAUGUCGUUGUUAACAUGGAACCCCCACCACAAACCGUUGCAGAGUUGGUGGGAAAACCUUCUCACCAGAUGUCAAGAUCUGAUGCAGAAUCUUUGGCAGGAGUGACAAAACUUAAUAAUUCAAAGUCUGUUGCAAGUUUAAAUAGAAGUCCUGAAAGGAGGAAACAUGAAUCAGACUCCUCAUCCAUUGAAGACCCUGGGCAAGCAUAUGUUCUAGGAAUGACUAUGCAUAGUUCUGGAAACUCUUCAUCCCAAGUACCCUUAAAAGAAAAUGAUGUGCUACACAAAAGAUGGAGCAUAGUAUCUUCACCAGAAAGGGAGAUCACCUUAGUGAACCUGAAAAAAGAUGCAAAGUAUGGCUUGGGAUUUCAAAUUAUUGGUGGGGAGAAGAUGGGAAGACUGGACCUAGGCAUAUUUAUCAGUUCAGUUGCCCCUGGAGGACCAGCUGACUUGGAUGGAUGCUUGAAGCCAGGAGACCGUUUGAUAUCUGUGAAUAGUGUGAGUCUGGAGGGAGUCAGCCACCAUGCUGCGAUUGAAAUUUUGCAAAAUGCACCUGAAGAUGUGACACUUGUUAUCUCUCAGCCAAAAGAAAAGAUAUCCAAAGUGCCUUCUACUCCUGUGCAUCUCACCAAUGAGAUGAAAAACUACAUGAAGAAAUCUUCCUACGUGCAAGACAGUGCUAUAGAUUCUUCUUCCAAGGAUCACCACUGGUCACGUGGUACCCUGAGGCACAUCUCGGAGAACUCCUUUGGGCUGUCUGGGGGCCUGCGGGAAGGAAGCCUGAGUUCUCAAGAUUCCAGGACUGAGAGUGCCAGCUUGUCUCAAAGCCAGGUCAAUGGUUUCUUUGCCAGCCAUUUAGGUGACCAAACCUGGCAGGAAUCACAGCAUGGCAGCCCUUCCCCAUCUGUAAUAUCCAAAGCCACUGAGAAAGAGACUUUCACUGAUAGUAACCAAAGCAAAACUAAAAAGCCAGGCAUUUCUGAUGCAACUGAUUACUCAGACCGUGGAGAUUCAGACAUGGAUGAAGCCACUUACUCCAGCAGUCAGGAUCAUCAAACACCAAAACAGGAAUCUUCCUCUUCAGUGAAUACAUCCAACAAAAUGAAUUUUAAAACUUUUUCUUCAUCACCUCCUAAGCCUGGAGAUAUCUUUGAGGUUGAACUGGCUAAAAAUGAUAACAGCUUGGGGAUAAGUGUCACGGUACUGUUUGACAAGGGAGGUGUGAAUACGAGUGUCAGACAUGGUGGCAUUUAUGUGAAAGCUGUUAUUCCCCAGGGAGCAGCAGAGUCUGAUGGUAGAAUUCACAAAGGUGAUCGUGUCCUAGCUGUCAAUGGAGUUAGUCUAGAAGGAGCCACCCAUAAGCAAGCUGUGGAAACACUGAGAAAUACAGGACAGGUGGUUCAUCUGUUAUUAGAAAAGGGACAAUCUCCAACAUCUAAAGAACAUGUCCUGGUAACCCCACAGUGUACCCUUUCAGAUCAGAAUGCCCAAGGUCAAGGCCCAGAAAAAGUGAAGAAAACAACUCAGGUCAAAGACUACAGCUUUGUCACUGAAGAAAAUACAUUUGAGGUAAAAUUAUUUAAAAAUAGCUCAGGUCUAGGAUUCAGUUUUUCUCGAGAAGAUAAUCUUAUACCGGAGCAAAUUAAUGCCAGCAUAGUAAGGGUUAAAAAGCUCUUUCCUGGACAGCCAGCAGCAGAAAGUGGAAAAAUUGAUGUAGGAGAUGUUAUCUUGAAAGUGAAUGGAGCCUCUUUGAAAGGACUAUCUCAGCAGGAAGUCAUAUCUGCUCUCAGGGGAACUGCUCCAGAAGUAUUCUUGCUUCUCUGCAGACCUCCACCUGGUGUGCUACCGGAAAUUGAUACUGCGCUUUUGACCCCGCUUCAGUCUCCAGCACAAGUACUUCCAAACAGCAGUAAAGACUCUUCUCAGCCAUCAUGUGUGGAGCAAAGCACCAGCUCAGAUGAAAAUGAAAUGUCAGACAAAAGCAAAAAACAGUGCAAGUCCCCAUCCAGAAGAGACAGUUACAGUGACAGCAGUGGGAGUGGAGAAGAUGACUUAGUGACAGCUCCAGCAAACAUAUCAAAUUCGACCUGGAGUUCAGCUUUGCAUCAGACUCUAAGCAACAUGGUAUCACAGGCACAGAGUCAUCGUGAAGCACCCAAGAGUCAAGAAGAUACCAUUUGUACCAUGUUUUACUAUCCUCAGAAAAUUCCCAAUAAACCAGAGUUUGAGGACAGUAAUCCUUCCCCUCUACCACCGGAUAUGGCUCCUGGGCAGAGUUAUCAACCCCAAUCAGAAUCUGCUUCCUCUAGUUCGAUGGAUAAGUAUCAUAUACAUCACAUUUCUGAACCGACUAGACAAGAAAACUGGACACCUUUGAAAAAUGACUUGGAAAAUCACCUUAAAGACUUUGAACUGGAAGUAGAACUCCUCAUUACCCUAAUUAAAUCAGAAAAAGGAAGCCUGGGAUUUACAGUAACCAAAGGCAAUCAGAGAAUUGGUUGUUAUGUUCAUGAUGUCAUACAGGAUCCAGCCAAAAGUGAUGGAAGGCUAAAACCUGGGGACCGGCUCAUAAAGGUUAAUGAUACGGAUGUUACUAAUAUGACUCAUACAGAUGCAGUUAAUCUGCUCCGGGCUGCAUCCAAAACAGUCAGAUUAGUUAUUGGACGAGUUCUAGAAUUACCCAGAAUACCAAUGUUGCCUCAUUUGCUACCGGACAUAACACUAACAUGCAACAAAGAGGAGUUGGGUUUUUCCUUAUGUGGAGGUCAUGACAGCCUUUAUCAAGUGGUAUAUAUUAGUGAUAUUAAUCCAAGGUCCGUCGCAGCCAUUGAGGGUAAUCUCCAGCUAUUAGAUGUCAUCCAUUAUGUGAACGGAGUCAGCACACAAGGAAUGACCUUGGAGGAAGUUAACAGAGCAUUAGACAUGUCACUUCCUUCAUUGGUAUUGAAAGCAACAAGAAAUGAUCUUCCAGUGGUCCCCAGCUCAAAGAGGUCUGCUGUUUCAGCUCCAAAGUCAACCAAAGGCAAUGGUUCCUACAGUGUGGGGUCUUGCAGCCAGCCUGCCCUCACUCCUAAUGAUUCAUUCUCCACGGUUGCUGGGGAAGAAAUAAAUGAAAUAUCGUACCCCAAAGGAAAAUGUUCUACUUAUCAGAUAAAGGGAUCACCAAACUUGACUCUGUCCAAAGAAUCUUAUAUACAAGAAGAUGACAUUUAUGAUGAUUCCCAAGAAGCUGAAGUUAUCCAGUCUCUGCUCGAUGUUGUGGAUGAGGAAGCCCAGAAUCUUUUAAACGAAAAUAAUGCAGCAGGAAACUCCUGUGGUCCAGGUACAUUAAAGAUGAAUGGGAAGUUAUCAGAAGAGAGAACAGAAGAUACAGACUGCGAUGGUUCACCUUUACCUGAGUAUUUUACUGAGGCCACCAAAAUGAAUGGCUGUGAAGAAUAUUGUGAAGAAAAAGUAAAAAGUGAAAGCUUAAUUCAGAAGUCACAAGAAAAGAAGACUGAUGAUGAUGAAAUAACAUGGGGAAAUGAUGAGUUGCCAAUAGAGAGAACAAACCAUGAAGAUUCUGAUAAAGAUCAUUCCUUUCUGACAAACGAUGAGCUCGCUGUACUCCCUGUCGUCAAAGUGCUUCCCUCUGGUAAAUACACGGGUGCCAACUUAAAAUCAGUCAUUCGAGUCCUGCGGGGUUUGCUAGAUCAAGGAAUUCCUUCUAAGGAGCUGGAGAAUCUUCAAGAAUUAAAACCUUUGGAUCAGUGUCUAAUUGGGCAAACUAAGGAAAACAGAAGGAAGAACAGAUAUAAAAAUAUACUUCCCUAUGAUGCUACAAGAGUGCCUCUUGGAGAUGAAGGUGGCUAUAUCAAUGCCAGCUUCAUUAAGAUACCAGUUGGGAAAGAAGAGUUCGUUUACAUUGCCUGCCAAGGACCACUGCCUACAACUGUUGGAGACUUCUGGCAGAUGAUUUGGGAGCAAAAAUCCACAGUGAUAGCCAUGAUGACUCAAGAAGUAGAAGGAGAAAAAAUCAAAUGCCAACGCUAUUGGCCCAACAUCCUAGGCAAAACAACAAUGGUCAGCAACAGACUUCGACUGGCUCUUGUGAGAAUGCAGCAGCUGAAGGGCUUUGUGGUGAGGGCAAUGACCCUUGAAGAUAUUCAGACCAGAGAGGUGCGCCAUAUUUCUCAUCUGAAUUUCACUGCCUGGCCAGACCAUGAUACACCUUCUCAACCAGAUGAUCUGCUUACUUUUAUCUCCUACAUGAGACACAUCCACAGAUCAGGCCCAAUCAUUACGCACUGCAGUGCUGGCAUUGGACGUUCAGGGACCCUGAUUUGCAUAGAUGUGGUUCUGGGAUUAAUCAGUCAGGAUCUUGAUUUUGACAUCUCUGAUUUGGUGCGCUGCAUGAGACUACAAAGACACGGAAUGGUUCAGACGGAGGAUCAAUAUAUUUUCUGCUAUCAAGUCAUCCUUUAUGUCCUGACACGUCUUCAAGCAGAAGAAGAGCAAAAACAGCAGCCUCAGCUUCUGAAGUGACAUGAAAAGAGCCUCUGGAUGCACUUCCAUUUCUCUCCUUAACCUCCAGCAGACUCCUGCUCUCUAUCCAAAAUAAAGAUCACAGAGCAGCAAGUUCAUACAACAUGCAUGUUCUCCUCUAUCUUAGAGGGGUAUUCUUCUUGAAAAUAAAUAAUAUUGAAAUGCUGUAUUUUUACAGCUACUUUAACCUUUGAUAAUUAUUUACAAAAUUUUAACACUAACCAAACAAUGCAGAUCUUAGGGAUGAUUAAAGGCAGCAUUUGAUGAUAGCAGACAUUGUUACAAGGACAUGGUGAGUCUAUUUUUAAUGCACCGAUCUUGUUUAUAGCAAAAGUGUUUUCCAAUAUUUUAAUAAAGUAGUUAUUUUAUAGGGGAUACUUGAAACCAGUAUUUAAGCUUUAAAUGACAGUAAUAUUGGCAUAGAAAAAAGUAGCAAAAGUUUACUGUAUCAAUUUCUAAUGUUUACUAUAUAGAAUUUCCUGUAAUAUAUUUAUAUACUUUUUCAUGAAAAUGGAGUUAUCAGUUAUCUGUUACUGCAUCAUCUGUUUGUAAUCAUUAUCUCACUUUGUAAAUAAAAACACACCUUAAAACAUGAA